GCAGCCAUGGAGGUGUGCGUGCCGUACCUGAGGUCCACCGUGGGGGUCCUGUUGGCGCUCCCGUACGCCAUUAUGAUGAUCGUCCUGGCCGGCAUCGCCUACGGCAUUCGGGACUGGAGGAUUCUGCAGGCGGUUGGAUCCAUUCCCUCGCUCCUGCUGGUGCCGCUUGCCUUUUUGGUGGACGAGUCUCCGCGCUGGCUCUUGGUGAACGGGCACCUGGACGAGACGGUGAAGGUCCUCGAGCGCGCCGCCGCCCUCAACCGAAGCGACAGGGGAGUUGCCGCCCAUUGA